AUGCUUCUGCUUUUUUCUGUGGUUUCCUCCUGCUCUCAGACAAGCCUCUUUCAUUUCUGUAACAAACACCAGUGUGCUUGGACAGGUGCCUUUGUGUAAACUUACCAACAUCUGUAUUUUCUUUUGAAAGAAACUUCUGUAGGCUUGAUCAGAAGGAGUGGAGUUGUGAGAAAGAUGCUCCAACAUCUGAAGCACUCACAAGAGAGGCAGACACCUGAAGAAAAGGCCCGUUACACCGGUAAUCAACACACUCAGCCGUACUGAGAGACUAGAGGAGCUGAGCUUUUACAGGACCUGAAUUUCCUUCAUAGUGAAAGUGUUAGAAGAGGCCUUUCUUGUUCCUUUUUUGACUAAGCUAGCCUGAGAGGAUCACCAAGUGUUUUUAGGAAUUUUCUGAUCGUGAGUUUGAUUUAUUCUGAAUUUUCAUCUUCGCUGAAAGCUUCUUCACAAUCAAUUGCAUCGUCCUGGAAUCAGUUUUGGUUUAAAAGGUGUCCGACACCAUGUCCUAAAGGAGUCCAUGUGCUUCCACCUACACUGGAUCUAACUGACUAGAAAACUUUGAACACUUCAGUGGAUUUUAACCUGUGGAUUGUGGAGAGAUUCAUCUGGGUUUAUCCUGUUGGGAUUGUCAGUGAUUGAUCCAGAAGCAGUUCAGUAUCCUGGAAUUUCUAAGGAAAGUUGUGAUGGGUAACGCAGCUGGCGGGUUGGAGCAGAUGGAGGGGCAGGAGGCCAAAGGCUCAACGGGAGGGAUAAACCCUACUCCCUCCAUGCCUAAAAAGAAAUGUGCCCCUCCUAAACUACCCAUGCCCCCUGAGGAAGAGCUAGAAGAACGCUUCAGUGUGGUUUUGAGCUCCAUGAAUCUGCCUCCUGAUAAGAUGAAGCUUCUGAGUCAGUACGACAAUGAAAAGAAAUGGGAGCUGGUUUGUGACCAGGAGCGUUUUCAGGUGAAAAACCCUCCCUCAGCUUACCUGACUAAAAUCAAGAGCUUCUACCAGGACCAAGGUGGAGUGGUGCGCAGGUUCAAGAAACGUGUGCAGGAGUCCACUCAAGUCCUGAGAGAGCUGGAGAUCUCACUCAGAACCAAUCACAUUGGGUGGGCUCAGGAAUUUCUCAAUGAGGAGAACCAAGGCUUAGAUGUCCUGGUGGACUUCUUGUCGUAUGCUCAAAGUGAUGCACCGUUUGAGGUGGAAUCUGUGGAAAAUGGCAGCUCCGUUUUAGACAACAGGAGGUUGUCAGAGAGAUCAGUGGAGGAUCUAGCCAAAAAUGUCAGUCAUUCUCCAACACAUGGGAUGACCAGAGCAGCACGUGCACUCACUGUCCGAAUAUCUUCCUUGGCCCAUAGCAGAAAAACUAUGCGAAAUGCUCGAUUGGCCAGUCAAAGAGAUGAUGUUCACCUCUGUAUUAUGUGUCUUCGUGCGAUCAUGAAUUAUCAGUCUGGGUUUAAUUUAGUCAUGACGCACCCCAGAUGCGUCAAUGAAAUUACACUUAGUCUCAACAACAAAAAUCCCAGGACUAAAGCUCUGGUGCUAGAGCUGUUGGCGGCAGUGUGUCUGGUUAGAGGAGGACAUGACAUCAUCAUCUCAGCCUUUGACAACUUUAAAGAAGUGAGUGGAGAGAAGAACCGCUUUGAGAAGCUCAUGGAGUACUUCAUGAAUGACGACAGCAACAUAGACUUCAUGGUGGCUUGCAUGCAGUUCAUAAACAUUGUGGUCCACUCAGUGGAAAACAUGAACUUCCGUGUGCAUCUUCAAUAUGAGUUCACUCAGCUGGGUCUUGACCAGUACUUAGAGCAGUCCCUAAAGGAAAUGGAAAGUGAGAAGCUGCAGGUGCAGAUUCAGGCGUACUUGGAUAAUGUGUUUGAUGUUGGAGCUCUGCUGGAGGAUGCCGAGAAUAAAGGGGACAUAGUGGAGCAUGUAACAGAACUGCAGGAGGCCAAUGCACAGCUGAAUGCAAGAUUGCAGGAAUAUGAGAAUGGAGCACUGGAAAAAAUGGCAGAACUUGAGAAACAACUAAUGCAGGCCACUAAAGAAUCAGCACUGCUGAAGGAGAGCUUGCGAGAGUCCUGUACCCAGGUGAGCACUUUGCAGCAGAGAGAACGAGAACGAGAGAUUCAGAGGGAGAGAGAACGAGAGCAGGAGCGUAUGUCACAGCCCUCACAGGUAGAGAGAGAGAAGGUGAGUGAAAAGGAGUCCAAACUGGAAGGGAAGCUGAGGGAACUGCAGGAUAAAGGUUUAGUCCGACUGGAGCGCACAGCCUCUGGAAGCCUGGACAUUGAAGUCAUUCCAGUCACCGUAGAGAAAAUUGUCACUCAAACAGUGACUGUGUCAGGUCCUGCUUCUCAAGCCCCGCCCCCUCCAGCUGCAGCACCUCCUCCACCUCCUCCACCUCCUCCACUACCUGGUGCUGCAGCACCUCCUCCUCCUCCUCCUCCUCCACCACCACCACCUCCUCCUGGAAGUGGAGGCAUUCCGCCUCCCCCUCCUCCUCCUCCCCCUUCUGGUGGAGGUCCACCACCACCCCCGCCCCCACCUGGCUGUGGGCCACCACCCCCUGGGAAUGAGACAGGACCCAAGGCACGCAAACCAAUUCAAACAAAGUUCAGGAUGCCUCUGUUGAACUGGCAGGCUUUGAAGCCCAAUCAAGUGACGGGAACAGUGUUUAGCGAGCUGAAUGACGAGCAACUGUUAGGGGAGAUAAAUAUGGAUCUGUUUGCGGAGCAGUUUAAGACCAAGGCCCAAGGUCCUCCACCAGAUAUUUCUAAGAUCAAGGUUAAGGUAGCUGAGAAGGCCCCCAGUAAGGUGUCCCUACUAGAGUCUAACAAAGCCAAGAACCUUGCCAUCACCCUCCGCAAGGGAGGCAUGAGCCCCAACGACAUCUGCACAGCCAUUGAGAGAUAUGAUCAACAAUCUCUGAGUCUAGACUUCCUGGAGCUUCUGGAACGUUUCAUCCCAUCAGAGUAUGAGAUGAAGUUACUCCAGAACUACGAGAAGGAAGGGCGGUCACUAGAGGACCUGAGCGAUGAGGACCGUUUCAUCAGCCGCUUUGGUAAAAUCCCACGCCUCGCUCAGCGAAUCAACACCCUCACCUUCAUGGGGAACUUCCCUGAGAGCGUGAAACGUCUGCAGCCGCAAUUGGAUGCCAUCAUUGCAGCUUCGGUGUCCCUCAAGUCUUCAUCAAAGCUGAAAAAGAUGUUAGAGAUCAUCCUGGCCUUUGGGAACUACAUGAACAGCAGUAAAAGAGGAGCAGCAUAUGGGUUUCGCCUGCAGAGCCUUGACCUGCUGUUGGACACAAAGUCCACAGACCGCACACAGACUUUGUUACACUUCAUUGCGAAUAUGGUGCAUGAGAAAUACCCUGAACUUACCUCCUUCCACACUGAACUGCGCUUUGUAGACAAGGCUGCACUGGUGUCUUUGGACAGUGUGCUACAGGAAGUGAGGUCUCUGGAGAGAGGGAUGGAAGGAACCAAGAAAGAGUUCCUAGUGCAGGAUGACAUCCCAGCGCUGAAAGAGUUUGUUAAAGCCAACAGUGACAUAUUAGACUCACUUGUUAAAGAUGGCAAGAGCGCACAGGAGGCGUACACGUCUGUAGUGGAGUACUAUGGAGAGAACCCAAAGACGACGCAGCCUUCCAUGUUCUUCCCACUCUUUGUCAGGUUCAUCAGAGCUUAUAAGCAAGCGGAACAAGACAAUGAACAGAAGAAAAAACAGGAGAUUGCAGCAGAAGAACAGGCGGCCCCUUCCCCAAAGAAGAAAGAUGGCACCCCUCAAAAGGGUCCCAUGAUGCCCAAAAUGCCUCAGAUGGACCUGAUUGCAGAGCUAAAGAAGAGACAGGUGAAGCCCCAAGUCACAGAUGGAGCCAUUGAGGGCAUUAUCACAGAUUUAAGAAAUUCACCCUACAGAAGAGGUGAUGGUCGGAGAGCAGCUCCACGACAAGAUAACUGAGGGUUACCUUAAGACACUUCUCUCCUUCUCACUGGACACUUCUGUAAAUAAAAACCUGGACUUAUUCUUUAUAUUGUAAAACUUUUUCAUUCUGUACAUUGAGUAAAUGACUCUGGCAAAAACACAUUCACAGAUAAUGCACACAAAGAGUCACACUAACAAACACAUCACAUGUUCUGAAAUUGAGAAUCUGUUAAAAGCCAUCGUAAUGUAAUUGUACAUAAGCAUAAACAAUUUUGUACUAUCACAUUUUUUUUUGUGAAUGUAAACAAUUACUUGAGAUUAAAUGUUCAUAUUGCUUAUGAAACUGUGCUCACAGAUGAAAACAGUACUUUUAUACAGCCUAUAUAGGAAAUACACAUUUUUAAUUUUACAAUUCUUAAAUAAAGGUAAAGGUUAAAAAAAAAAAAAAAAAUGUACAGUAGUUUAUCAUUUAUAUAUAUCAUGCUCUGAAAGAAAAAAAAAGACUCAGUGGAAAUGUUGUCAUAGAAGAGAGCUGUACUUUAUUAGACACACAACCACAGCAAGUAUGUACAAAAGGUCUCAGCUCUCAACAUUUUCUCACAGAAAAGAAAAAAAAUAAAGUCACAUUUCUCACAAAGUUA